AGAGAAACAAAACAUAUGGAAUUGACAAAAAUAAACACCUUUUAGCGAUUAAAACCCUAAAAACAACAAAACUCAGCAGCUUGCAUCAGCUUUGCACUUUCACAUAAACACAACUUGGAGUCGCACUGAACACAACUGACCGGAAAACGCAAAAGCUCGCCAGACAACGCAGGCGCAGUUGGUCGCAGACCGCCGUUGACAGUUAGAAAGUCAGUCCAGGUUUUCCUUUUUCCUCUUUCGUAAAUUUCCUUCCCCUCUCCUGUACAGCGCGCGAGGAUGCAAUUUGCGGCUGUGAUAGCCGCCACUCAAAAGGCGAACGAUUGAUGACAUAGCUAUUUUCUACUCCUAUUUCACUUAUAUAGGAAACUUUCAAAGAAAUCAAUGGCUUAUAGACGUUGCCUCUUGCAAAGAGGGAACCUUAUAGAUCGGAGGUGCCAUCCAUCUUUCAGUUAUGUUUUCCAUAGUGAUGAAGGGAAACGUGAGCAGCCAGAUGAGAAACCAUCUUCAACAGGGAUUAACAAUUUUAUCCAAAGAAGGUCCUUUGGAAGCUCUCUUAAUGGAUCAAUGGGGUUUUUUUCAUCUUCUCAUAAUAGAAUUCUUUCUCCAUACGCCGGAUAUAAUUUCUGUCGAAAUAUGUCGACAUCGGAUCAGGGUUCAGAUAAGAUUGGUAUAAUGACUGAUGUAGCUGAUGUUCUCAGUGACACGACUCUGGAGGCUGUAUCUUCUCAGGCUCCUGUUGUUAGUGAAGUUGCCAUUGCUGCUGCUGAUUCUUAUUUGCCUGUUCAGGCCUUGCAGUAUGCGAUAGAUGCUGUGCAUUCCUUCACUGGCCUAAACUGGUGGGCGUCCAUAGUUCUAACAACUCUCUUGAUUCGAAGUGCAACUAUUCCACUCUUAGUAAAUCAACUCAAGGCCACUUCUAAGCUUACACUAAUGAGGCCUCGCUUGGAAGAGAUAAAGGAGCAAUUGGAUGGGAAGACAAUGGAUCCCGAGGCUGUUGAGGAAGGUCAGAAGAAGAUGAAAAAGCUAUUCAAAGAAUAUGGUGUGACUCCAUUUACGCCGUUGAAGGGACUCUUUAUUCAAGGUCCUGUCUUCAUUAGUUUUUUUCUUGCGAUAACAAACAUGGCUGAAAAAAUGCCAUCAUUCAAGCAUGGUGGAGCUUUCUGGUUUACCGAUCUCACAACUCCAGAUGCCUUAUACAUAUUUCCAGUUAUAACUGCAUUGUCAUUUUUAAUAGUAGUAGAGUGUAAUAUGCAAGAAGGAAUGGAAGGAAAUCCUGUGGCUGGCACCAUGAAAAAUUUCUCAAGAGUUCUUGCUCUUCUUUCAGUUCCUUUCACCAUGAGCUUUCCUAAGGCUAUAUUUUGUUACUGGAUUACAUCGAAUUUGUUUUCACUGUCGUAUGGAAUGGUGCUUAAAGUUCCUGGUGUAAAGAAAACUUUGGGUAUUCCUGAUUUACCUGCUGCACCACCCACCAGUUUUCCACAAUCUCCCUUCUCUAUAUUUCCAGCACUAAAACAAGCUGCAUCAGUGACAAAUGGGCAAAGCUCAAUGCCAGUGGAAUCACCAAAACUAUCAAAUAAAAAGAUAUCUUCUUCUUCCUCUGUUAUUAGUCAAAGGCUUAGAAGCUUAGAGAAACAAGUAAAAGGAAGAAAGAAAAGCAAGAAGUGAUUUAAUUUAUGAGUUCCUUAAUUAUGC